UUGCAAGCACAAUCUGUCCUUUCUAAAAGGAGGAACAGAAGCACAACAGCAUCGAAAGGCAAAGGUAAAAGGAUCCGUGAUUUAUACAAAUCCUUAGGAUUCAAUCCUGUCGCUGGCUCGGAAUUAAAGAAGAAAAUUGGUGUCUUCGUGUCAUCUUGUCACAUUCCACCAUUCAAAGUCAUGUCGAAGGAGCACCCGGAGGCGCAAAAAUUGGCAGAAUCAUUUUGCGCAGAUAAGGAAACAGCUCAGUUUCUAUGGCCAGAGAUUGGGGCUGGCAAUCAUCGCCGGCUUAAGUGGGAAAAUGAUAAGAUAAAAAUUUUGAAGUUACUUACCCACAUUUUUGCAUUGAAAAUGCACUACCUUUUCAGGAAUCUUCGGCAAAAGGUUUGUACAACCAAAGCAUCACAAAACGGUCUGGACAGUGGACGAGACCUAGAUUCUGACGACGAACCCUUAGUCACCCCGGCACUUCAAGAUUUACCACCACGAACUCAACACCUAGAGACUGGCCAAAAAUGUUCAAAAGCUGGCGCGAUUUCGAAUUCUAUCGCUGAAUCUCCAGCAAUGCGAUCAAGCCGGCGAUCCAUCGACGAUAGUAGAGUGAGAGAACUAAAGAAUAAAAGCCAUCAAGGAAAAUGCACCGCUCAUAUCCGGUACAUAAAGCCAACAGAUGAUAAGCAGAUGAUGGCUGACUUUAUUUCACCACAAUGGUUGGAAGAUGAGGAAUUCUCUUGGGUUGCCCAAGCAGGCCUUCAGCCUGAUACAUACAUUCUCAGGUUCAUGCAUGGAUUCUUGUAUUACAAUACAAGUCAGAACAUGAGUCUAAUGAAUUUUGUUCGCCUAUUCAAGGACGAGCCAGUAAUUGCAAACAAGAUACAUUACAAGACAUUAAAAGCUCGUCUUCAAAUCCGAGUAGGAGAGUUGGCUAAUGCAUUGCUUGUUGAAAGAUUGUUAUUUCGCAAUCGCAGUAGCAACAAGAUAUCACGAACGCAGGAAUUAGACGCAGCAUGGGAUCGGAGACUGAACAUUUGGGACCAGCCUUCCGAGGAAGCCAGGGAAGAGAUCGAGUCAUCAAACACACAACGUCGAGAUAUUCACGACAUGUCUAUAACUACAGAUCGCGAUGAGCUUGCAACCAAUCCCCAACAACGCUCAUCAAAUGCUGAAGGUCUAAUAGAUCUAUCACGAAAACGAACUUUCCAAUCAAUAUUACUAGGUGAUGAUGCGGAUGUAGAAACUAACGCAGCAAAGCGUCGAAGACUUUCAAAAUCCAAUCAAUACCAACCUUCCAUCAUAAAAGACAAAGGAAAAGGGAUAGAUGAAGUUCAGAUUAACUCGAACGAGAUAUCUCAUCGUGAGAUAGGCAUCGGGCAACGUUAUAGCUCAUAUCAGUUUGGGAGAACAUCUCAAUUUCUCGAAGACGGCCCAGCACAUGCGAAGGCAACAGCAUCUCUCACCACUAUGUGCAAUUUUGAGAUGGGCAACUCCAAUUUGAAUUUGACUGGACAAAUUGGUCCUACAUCUACAAUGAGCGGAGCUGCAAUCAAAUUAGAGCCCAAUCCAGCUCCAAAUCCGCGCAGCGGAUUUCCAUCGUCUCACUCAGCAUUUUCCGAUCAUUCAUCUGUACAAUUCCAACCGGACUCCUCAGACCCUAAGCCCUUUCCGCUGCUCACUACACCACUUCAACCCAUAAAUCAAAUGACAGGCAAGCCAGCUUCCGAGGAUGAUCUUCCACUUGCCACUUUCUCGAACGACAUAAACUUCAUUUUUCUGUCGAAGCAAAAUUUCGAUUACGAAAAUCCGCUUAAAAUCAAUAUCAGAAACCUUGAGGAUUUUUCGCUAUCAUCCUUUAUCUUGCUCUUUGCUCGGAGGACGGGUGUUAAUAUGCAUAAAGUUGACGGCUUGAAAUUUACCAUCUUGCUAGGUGAUGAUCGACUAGAGACAGUGACGAAGGAAGAUGAGAGAAAGUGGGAGAAUAUAGUAGAGAUUAUUAGAGAUUUGUGGAAGUAUAGCAAGAUACAAUGGGUUAAUGGUACGAAGUUGAAGAGCAGGGUCUGUAGGAUAUUGACUGAGAGGAUAUACACUCGAGCAUUGUAA